AUGGAGUUCCCGGAGCACGGCGGGCGUCUUCUGGGCCGCCUGAGGCAGCAGCGCGAGCUGGGCUUCCUGUGCGACUGUACGGUGCUGGUGGGCGACGCGCGCUUCCCGGCCCACCGCGCCGUGCUGGCCGCGUGCAGCGUCUACUUCCAUCUCUUCUACAGGGACCGGCCCGCGGGCAGCCGCGACACGGUGCGGCUCAACGGCGACAUCGUUACGGCGCCUGCCUUCGGCCGUCUGCUGGACUUCAUGUACGAGGGCCGCCUGGACCUGCGCAGCCUGCCCGUCGAGGACGUCCUGGCCGCCGCCAGCUACCUGCAUAUGUACGACAUCGUCAAGGUCUGCAAGAACAGGCUCCGCGAGAAGGAGCGCGCGCUGACCCCGGAGACGCCCUCCUCUGGGGCAGAGCUGCCGGGCCAGCCCCCGGGCCCUCCGUCUGCCUGGGCCCCCGCGCCCUCUCCAGCCUCUCUGAAGGCCAGGCUCCCUCCCGCUGGGCCAAAGGCCACCCGCCCUCCGACCGCACCGGGACCUCCCCCCUGGCAGGCGCCUGGAGAGUCAGACCGGGCCCUGGACCUGUCGCUGAAGCCCGGCCCGAAGAGGCCUCCCGUCUGCCCACCCUGCGUCCUCCAGACCGCCCCCUGCCGCCAGAAGCAGCCCGGGGCCCAGCCGGUGGUGAAGGAGGAGCCAGACUCGGAGUCCGAGCCGGAGGACGGCCGCAGCAGCCCUCGGAGCGCCCACAGCCCCCUGCGGCCCCCCGGUGUUCCCGCGGCGGAGCCCCUGGCCGGGGGCUUGGGGCUGCUGCCGGUCGGCGGGGUGGGCAGGGGGGCGCUGGGGUCCGAGGCGGAGCACGGGGCGCUGGAGGCCGCGCUGCAGCCGAGCGGGCGCCUCUGCCUCUGCCCGCUGUGCGGCAAGCUGUUCCCCGGCACCCACGUGCUGCAGCCGCACCUCAGCGCCCACUUCCGCGAGCGGGACGGCGGCCGCGCGCGCCUCUCGCCCGACGGGGCGGCGCCCACAUGCCCGCUCUGCAGGAAGACCUUCUCCUGCACGUACACGCUGAAGAGGCACGAGCGCACGCACUCGGGCGAGAAGCCCUACACGUGCGUGCAGUGCGGCAAGAGCUUCCAGUAUUCCCACAACCUGAGCCGCCACGCCGUGGUGCACACGCGCGAGAAGCCGCACGCCUGCCGCUGGUGCGCGCGCCGCUUCACGCAGUCGGGGGACCUCUAUCGCCACGUGCGCAAGUUCCACUGCGGCCUGGUCAAGUCCCUGCUGGUGUGA